AAUUAAAAUCUUUUUUAACAAUAAUGGAUUGGGGAAAAGUAUAAGAUUCAUACCUAAAUAUUUUUUCCCCCAAAUAAUUAAGAAAAUCAAAUAAAUUUUAAUAUAAUAUUGAAGGAUGUCUAAUCUUUUUCUAGAAAAAACGUACCGGAAAAAAAUAUUUCUAAUGAAUGUCCAUUAUCUUUACAAUCCUAUAAAGAACCUCUGCAGGAAAAAUUGUUCCAAAAAAAAAUAGAUUUAUUCGAUUCGCAACUAAUCUACGUCAGCAAAUCGGAAAAAGACUGACGAUGACGUAAACGAUUCAUAUUAUAAAAUAAAACACAAUUGAUUAAACAAAACGCAGCAAAAAUAACAAAUAAUUAUAUUUAUUACGUAAAUCGGUUAUUAAAUUUAAAAACAUAAAAUAUUAUUAAUUGCGAAGGCGGAAAAUUAUUUUUUUUUCGGAAUUAGGAAAAAUUCAAUAAAGAAGAGGAAGAGAAAAAAAUCUACUUAUUUUCUUACAAAAUUAUGAGUAAUUCUAGCGAUAAAAUUUACGCGGCCGAAAGAAUAAUAAAAUCACGACUUCACAAGGGCAAGAUCUUUUAUUUUGUCAAAUGGAGGGAUUGGAGCGACAAGUAUAAUACAUGGGAACCGCAAGAAAAUAUUUUAGAUCGGCGAUUGUUGGAUUCCUUUAAAUUACGAGAGAGGAAAUUGCUCAUGAAAAAGAACAAAAAAGGACCCAAGAAUAAAAUCUUGACCGAGGACGAGGAGUAUAAUGAUACCGGCGGAUUGCGUAACAAAAACCUAAACCUAGAUAAGCCAAGCACGAGCGAAAGAUACAGAAUAUCCUCUAGACGGACUCGAAGAAAUUCUAACGUCGAUCAAGGACCCGAACUUCUCCCUGAUUACAAUAUAAAUUCCGUUCCACAGACAUCAAUGUCAUCCACGUAUCGACCUCUCAACCCAAAUAUUCAUAUGCCAUCAGCGCACGCUCAUAGCAUUACAUCUCUAACUAGCACAAUACUCGAUCCUAAUGCCUUGCCCUCCAUUGACUCGCGUAGGAUCACCUUAAAUCCCAUGGAAGACAGGGUUAUAAAUCCACUUAACCUCGCUAAAAUGGGGAAUAUUUCCUCAUCGUUAUUCGCCGAUCAAAUUGACAACAAGGUCAAUAAAGCGUCCUUCCACUACCAUAUAUCAUUGCCUUGCACUUUUUCUCAAUCGGGCGGAAACGUGGGAGGUUCGAUAGAUUCUUUUGUAGAAAAAUUGGUGCAAUCCCAACAUUUGAUGACCAACGCUAAAAGCGAGGCUAGCCGUUUAUCACCUCUCAUGAUGGAAAACGGAAAUGGUAUAGGUAUUGGCUCGAACAACGGGAGUCCAAACGGACCACACUCCAACGGCGGGGGCAACAAAAGAAAAGCCUCUAAACCCAUGAAAAGGAUACUCCUCAAUUCAGACUCAGCUGAACCCGACCAUGCCAUUUCCCCCUUGUCUGACGCUAGUACAAGUUUGACCCUCUCUUAUAAUUCCACCAAUUCAUCCAUUUCUAAUUCUAGCCUAACAAUUAGUCUUUCAUCUCCAGUAUCACCCUCGUGUGAUCUUCUCGUCAAAAGAAGCGAAAAUUGUUCCGCUAAAGUUUCGUCUCACAGCAGCUCUUCUAAAAAACUUAACAUCGACGGAUUUAUUCCAGAUGAUAUCAUAACGACUUUACCUCAUUCCACUACCGCAACUAAGACCUCCGCCGUGAUAAAAUACAUCUCGAGUGCUGGUUUAGUCACAUCCCUAUCCGAAUCAAACGCGGUUAUAUUGCGCAAUCCUAACCUCUCCGUCUGCCCUGAUAAAAUUGAUGUAAAAGUGCUGCCAAUGAAAUCGAGUGUUAUCAAGUCCAAUUAUUCAUUCUCCUCUCAGCAUUCUCUCGAUUCCCCCCCAGUCACUAUUACCGUCGAUAAUUUGAUUAAAUCAAAGGAUAUUUCUGAAUCCCAGUUAGACGAUUGCGAAAUCCUUUCCAUAUCAUCUUCCAAAUCCGGAAAUAAACUUAUUAUCGAAGAGGAAGACGAAAAAGAAGAAACAACUGUUUUACGAAUAGUUGAACUGAACGAUAAUCAAGCGCCCACCGUUAAACCCCUAAUUAUUUCUCAAAAAGAUCUCCGAAUCAUCUCCUCCCCUAAAACCGUGAAACCUAAUAAAUUUUUCGUUUCGCGCAGCCAAAAUCAUGAUCGUGAUGAUAAAACUCCUUCUCAUCCCCGCGUUAUCGUUAAAGGGGUCCGUAAAAAAAAUUCUUCUUCCAAAAAGGAGAAAAAAAUACAUCACCACCACACCAAAUCUAAAAAUCCUAAACAACCCCAGAUCGCCCAUUCCGAUAUUAUCGUGCAUACCUGUGAUCUCCUUAAGCAAGACAAAAUUGGUCACUCGGAGAAACUUUUAACCGCUACAACCAGCUCGAUUAUAACAACAACACCCAUGAAACCACUUUCUCCAGUCUCGAAUUUUCAAUCGAUGCCAUCACCGCUGGUAUCCCAGCCCAGAAAUACCUUCCCCAUUAUGUAUCAUCCCAAAUGCAUGCCUUUUCACACCUUCUACGACACUCACAAACGAAUCAUCGAUAAGCUCAUGAUAACAGACGUCAUGGGAACCGAUUAUCCCGUCACUAUAUUGGAGUGCACGUCCGAUAAUCCGAAGGACUUUUUCGUUCAAUGAUUAUUCGAUAAUUUGUACAAAAUAAUAAACCCAAUCUCAUAGUGCAUUAUAUUUAUAAUUAGAAAUUUUUUUUAUUAUUAUUAUAAAAAAAACAUGAAAUCUUGUCAAAUUUAAACCUUAUUUAUAUAGAGGAUAUAAAAAAAAUUUGAAAUAUAAAAUUUGAUUAUUAUAAAAAUAGAUAAUACAUGUUAUUCCGUGGGUUUUUUUUCUUAAAAUAUAUAUAUUAUUAUAUUAAUAAAAUUUAAUUAUUUAUAUUUUAUUUAUGAAUAUAUUUUAUUAUAGAAUCAAAUAUUCGCAAAAAAAUAAAUAAUCAAUAAUAAUUAUAAAAAUUUUAUUAAUGGGAACCUUAAUUAAUUUUAAUAUCAAAAUCAAAUCACAUAUU